AUGAGUAAAAAUAGAUCGUCACUACAGUCCGGGCCAUUGAACAGUGAGUUACUGGAGGAGCAAAAGCAAGAGAUAUAUGAGGCGUUUUCGUUGUUCGAUAUGAAUAAUGAUGGCUUUCUUGACUAUCAUGAGUUGAAAGUAGCAAUGAAAGCCCUGGGGUUUGAACUACCCAAAAGAGAGAUACUUGACUUGAUAGAUGAAUACGAUAGCGAAGGACGCCAUCUGAUGAAAUAUGAUGAUUUUUAUAUUGUAAUGGGGGAAAAGAUAUUGAAGAGAGAUCCCCUGGAUGAAAUAAAGAGGGCGUUCCAAUUAUUCGACGACGACCAUACUGGGAAGAUAAGUAUCAAAAAUUUGAGGCGCGUGGCUAAAGAACUGGGGGAAACAUUGACAGAUGAGGAGUUAAGGGCGAUGAUCGAAGAGUUCGAUCUCGAUGGCGAUGGCGAGAUCAAUGAAAACGAGUUCAUAGCCAUUUGCACCGAUAGUUAA